UAACACUGUAGUUUGUACUUUACCGUUUAACUAUAAGAUAAUUUCAUUUUAUGUCUCGUGCAUCGAAUUUCUCGUAUCUUGUUGCCAACAAAGUUCCAAAAUCGUUUCCAGUGAAAUGCAGCUCCGAGAACAUUUUCGAGGGACUUUCCCUUGAAAAUUUAUUUCGCCCAAAUCGAUAAUUAAUAGGAGAAUUUCAGGACGAGGAAGACUUUUGUGAAGUUGUCGGUCAGUUGCCGACUCAUAGUUUUCAAAAUAAAAUUGUAUUCAUGUUAAUGACAUAGCACACGAUUCGAGUGUAGCGUCCCUUCAACUACUGUGCGUAUAGGUUGUAGCCGGUAAAAGGCAAGGGAACUUCAUGUAAAACAGAAAAUUGAUGAAAGAAACGAUUGUGCAAAGGAUAAUUAAUUUCUGAUCUCAUCGCCAAUAAUCAUAUUCAAUAUGGCAUUACCAGCUAAUUAUAAACAAGUUGCAAUUAGUACCUCGAGUAUCGUUACACCAACUAAUCAACGAAUACGUGCUUCCGGUGGUAGUGGCGGUAGUUCUGGUUCUAGUAAAGAUGCUCAAAGUCCAUUUAUACAAACUCCUCAUGGUCAUCCGGGAUUCACACCACAAAAAGUUGGUAAAAAUGCACCUGCUGAUUCUCGAUUACCAAAGCCACCGAAGCCUCCUGAGAAACCUCUAAUGCCUUAUAUGAGAUAUAGUAGAAAAGUAUGGGAUCAAGUGAAAGCGCAGAAUCUUGAAUUGAAACUUUGGGAGAUUGGAAAAAUUAUUGGACAAAUGUGGAGAGAUCUUCCAGAAGAAGAAAAAACUGAAUUUGUUGAAGAAUACGAAGCUGAAAAGAUUGAAUAUGACAAGAGUUUAAAAACUUAUCAUAACUCUCCAGCAUAUUUGGCUUAUAUUGCAGCCAAAAAUAGAGGUAAAUCUGCGUUGUGUGCAGCACAACAAAAUACAGAUGAGCGAGAAAGCCACGAAAGAUCUUCUGGAAGUAGUAAAAAUCAAAGUGCCCAAGAUCGACGAAUUGACAUAUUACCAGCAGAAGACGAAGAAGAUCAAGACGAUGGAUAUUCUGUAAAGCAUGUUGCAUACUCGCGAUAUAUACGUAAUCAUCGUUUAAUUAAUGAAAUUUUUAGCGACACCGUGGUUCCAGAUGUACGUUCCGUGGUUACAACCCAAAGAAUGCAAAUAUUGCGUAGACAAGUACAAUCGCUUACUAUGCAUCAAAAAAAAUUAGAAGCUGAAUUGCAACAAAUUGAAGAGAAAUUUGAGGCAAAGAAACGGAAGUUUAUUGAAACAAGUGAAAUAUUUCAAGAAGAAUUAAAAAAACAUUGUAAACCAGCAGUUGAUGAAGAAACUUUUAAUAAAAUGGUUGAAAGACAAUAUGAACUACUAAGAAGAGAUAGGAUAAAAGGUUCUGAAGAAAACCGUGUAGAUGGUCCAACAUCUACUGAUUCAACGCCAAAUUCAACACCUACACCUACCCCUGCACCCAUGAACGAAGAAACAUCCUCAGAAGCAACAGACAAUGAUUCAACUGAUAAAAAAAUGGAAAUUGAUAAACAGUGUGAAACAAAGAAAGGAACUCCUUCACCUCCUUACAUUGAGGCUAAAAUAGAUAAUCCCAUUCAAAAUCAUUCUAGCCCGAGUGGAAAUAUUCCAGGAUCAAAUUAUCCACCAAUUAGUAACCAGCAUCAAAUUCAAGGACCUCUGCAAGGCCCUCACAUGCCUUGCCAUCAACCAAUCGUGCAAGGACAAACUCCACAACCAGUGUCUACACAGCAGCAACAGAUUAGUCCACAAUCACAAAUUCCAUCUCAUCAGCCGCAGUUGCCCCCAGGACCCAUAAAUCAACAACAAAUACCACCACAGCAACAUAUGCCUUCCCCACAACAAAUACCUGCACAACCAAUGCUGUCACAACAGCAACAGAUUACAUCUCAACAAACUUCCAGUCAGCAACAGAUACUUUCACAACCACCGCCGCCGCCACCACCACCACCGCCACCACCAAGAUCUCAACAGUCAAUACAAUCUGGCCCGCCUAGUCAACAAGUACCUAUUCAACAGCAAAUGUCUAUUGACCAACAACAAAUGCAUCUCCCUCCACAACAAAUACAAGAGUCACCAAGUGCACAGCAACCAAUACCUGCUCAACAUCAAUCACUUACUACAGGCCCACCUAAUCAGCAGUCUGUACCAUCGCAACAGUCACAACAAAUUUCGCCUCAACCAUCACAAAUGAUUUCACCUCAGCAGCAGCAAAUGUCUUCGCAAUCGCCAAUCCCUCCUCAACAACAAAUGCCUCCACAGCAACAAAUACUUCCACAACAACAAUUGCCACAACAGCAACAGAUCCCACAACAGCAGCAGAUGCCGCAACAGCAGCAGAUGCCACAACAGCAACAAAUACCACAGCAACAACAAAUACCACAACAGCAGCCAAUACCACAACAGCAACAAAUAUCACAACAGCAGCAAAUACCACAACAACAGCCAAUGCCUCAACAACAACCAAUAUCUCAACAGCAGCCAAUACCUCAACAGCAGCAAAUACCUCAACAGCAGCAAAUACCCCAACAGCAACAAAUACCACAACAACAACAAAUACCACAACAGCAACAGCUGCCACAGCAGCAACAGAUGCCACAACAACAGCAAAUUCCGCAACAACAACAAAUAUCACAACAGCAACAAAUGUCACAACCAAUAUCCCAUCAACCGUCGCAGCAACAGAUGCCAGGACCUCCUUAUCAGCAGCAUCAAUUACCGCAACAUCAGUCUCAAAUACAACAAGUUGGGCCCAAUCAGCAGCAACCAAUGGCACCUCAACAACCACCAUUGCAAACACCACCACAACAACAACAACAACAGCUAUCUGCUCAACAACAACCAUCACAAUUAUCAUCUCAACAGCAACAACAAAAUCAACCUCAACCACAGCAACAACAACAGCAAAUGCAAUCUCAACCUCAAAUGCCUUCCGGACCUACUCAACAACCAAUACCAUCACAAGGUCAACAACAAAUUCCUACAGGUCCUUCUAGUCAACAGCAAUCUAUACCACCACAGCAGCAACAGCAACAGCAACAGCAACAAAUGCCUCCUCAACAGCAGCAAAUGCCACCUCAACAGCAACAAAUACCACCUCAGCAGCAGCAAAUGCCUCCCCAGCAACAGCAAAUGCCACCUCAACAGCAACAGCAAAUGCCACCUCAACAGCAACAAAUACCACCUCAGCAACAGCAACAAAUGCCACCUCAACAGCAACAAAUGCCUCCUCAACAACAACAGAUGCCUCCUCAACAGCAACAAAUGCCUCCUCAACAGCAACAAAUGCCUCCUCAACAAAUGUCUACUCAGUCCCAAAUUUCAGCAGGCUCGCCGUAUCCUCAACAAGUAGCGCCGCAUCAACAAACAAUUUCGGCGGGACCUCCUCAGCCAGGCAAAAUGACUCAACCACCGUCGACGACGGCCGCGGCGGCGGUUGCGGCUGCAGCGGUGGCCGCCGCAAAUGCCGCUGCGAACCAACUGCCACCGCACCCGCCACCCUCGGGCAUGAUUCCAGGACACCCUAUAGGCCCGCACCAAGGGCCCCAAAACCCCUCGGUUCACCCUCCUCCCGGCGCACCGCCCAACCCCCAUGCACCACCGCCGGGCAUGAUCCCAUCAAACCCGAACUACCCCCAGCAGUAUCAGCCCCCAGGUGGACCACCGCAGGCCCAGACAGUACCACUGGCGCCCCGACCACCUCAUCCCUCAUACGGCUAUCCUCAACAACAGUAUCACCAACCCUAUGCCCAGUACCCCCAUCCCUAUUACCACCAACCUUACUCGCAAUACCCUCCGCACGCGAUGGCCCGGACGCACCAACACGGGGGUCACAGCCCCCACGGGCCCCACAGUCCCCACUACCAUCCACAAAGUCCUCACGGCGACGUGGGCCCGGGCAGCAAUCCUUCCCUUAACCCUGGUACCGUCGCUCCCAAUGCCGAACAGCCAGGAGGCGCCUCUUCGUAUCCACCUGCGUCGGUUCACGGGGAGAGUGAACGAACGGGGGCAGCCGAGAACCAGGACGUACAGACCGACGGAAAAUCAAACUCUGCCUGAGCCGAUUCGUCCUUACCACUUUUUAUACAAGUUUAUGCGUGGACGCUAAUUAAUAAGCUAAUCCAAUUAUUGAAUCGUCCAUUAUCAUUUUCUUCUUAUAAUUAAUUU